CUGAAGAUGAAGACGGUCGUGUCCGUGGCGUAUCCAUCGCUGGAUGGUCGUCAUCGAGCGUCGAUACUGAUUUGCUUCGUCUUUAUCAUCGCGUUACCGAUCCUGGCCUCGAGCCACGAUCAGAAGAAUGGGCACGGGAGCGCGUACACGAGCAAAUCGGAGGACAAGAUGGAAUUCUCCAAGAACUCCAAGGAUUCGAAAAUUUCCUUGCUCGACGACGAGAGCGACGAUUCCGGGGGUGAGAAGGAUCACAAAAUGUCCGCCAAGGACGUGGAGGAGAACAGUCCGGCGCUGGCCAAGUUCCUGGACGACGUUCUCAAGGCGCAGGACGAUUUAAAGUGGAUAGAUCAAACCGUGCGUAACGUUAAUCGCGAGAAGAAUUUGGAGAAAUUGAACAAGAAAGAUAUUCAUCCCUCUUCCGACUACGACAAAGACACGGCUGGAGAACAAGUUCCGAAAGAUUGGACGAAAUCGAAGGAUCUUUGUUCUCUGAACGAUUGGUUGAACUUCAACAAGAAUCUCGCAGGGAAACGGGACAAAUCGGCGAAUCAAAUGAUCCACGAAUGCGAAACUAAUCAAAAAAAUAGAUUUAGUUCCUUGAGCCCCGAGAAAAGCGCGAAAGGGGAUAUCAAGUUUAACGUGAGAAAUCAACGAGACGAAGCGCGGAAGAAGGAGGCGCCGUCGCUCGAAUCUUUGAAGGAGACUAUAUUGGAAUUGAAGAAAAAUCUCAAGGAGGCGGACAAAAAGCAACACGACAAUUUAAAAAAUGAGGAGGAUACCGCGGAUCUCGAGGAGAACGAAAACGAGAAGUUGGAGCACAAAGAUCGGACGACUCGCGCAAAGAACAAGCAUCGGAAAACCGAGAACGACGAUGACGUCUCCUAG